UCCCCGCUGCUGCAUGCUCGCACUUCCACCAGAUCCCCCCACCCGCACCCCGCUGCCCUUAACACCUGUGUGUCUUUUCCCUCUGUAGGUGCAAGCAGGUGCUCUCUCUCUGCUGUAAAUCUCCCCAAACAUGUGGACUCUAUAAUCAACAAGCGCCUCUCCAAAUCUUCUGCCACUCUCUGGAACUCGCCCAGUAGAAAUCGUAGUCUUCAACUAAGUGCUUGGGAGAGCAGCAUCGUGGACCGGCUGAUGACCCCAACUCUCGCUUUCUUGGCCCGCAGCAGAAGCGCUGUGACGCUAGCCGGCAAUGGGAAGGAACAGGUUCCUGUGUGCCCUCGCUCAGCUUCCGCCAGCCCAGUAAGCCCCUGCAAAAACCAGCGUGUACACCGUUGCGCGGAGCGACGGCGGCCAGCAACCACCAGCCCUGAUGUAACCCCCCGGAAUAAGCCUCACUCCGCUCCUCAUCAGAAAAAGAAAGAAAAGAAAGACAAGGAUCGAGAAAACGCCCAAGAAAAGAGUGCCUUAGCCCUCCGCAAACGCCAUUCUACGCCUUCCGGCCAGGCGCGUCAGCUGCAUGUACCCGAAGGCAGCCCAAGCCCCAAGUCCAAGCCAGCCUUGCCAGCUGUGGCCAAACAGCGCCCAGCCUCGUCAAGCCCAGGACCCAGCACUUCGCAUCGGUCAAGCCUGGCUCGCAGUGCCCAGUCUUCACCCAAGAGGCGAGUUCGCAGGGAGCCCGAGGGCCAACCAAAGGCCCGUGAAUGCAAGAAUGAACCGAAGGAACGUGGGGCAGCUUCUCCAGCCCUGGAGGACAGCUUGAAGGCAGCAGUUAACAGUGAAACACCAGCAGAAGUCACUGCCCCCUCUGGGACUGCCAGCCCGAUGCCUCCACCUCCUCCCUCAACGCCAGGCAAACCGAUGGCUGGCACCACAGACCGAGAAGAAGCUGCUAGAUUGCUGUCUGAGAAACGGCGGCAAGCACGGGAACAGCGGGAGAGGGAGGAGCAGGAGCGGAAGGAGCAAGAGGAGCAGGAGCGGCGCCAAGCGGAGGAGCGGGCUCAGCAAGAGGCCAGAGACCGCCUGCAGCAGCAGGUUGAGCUGGCUAGGCAGGAGGAGGAGCUGGCCCGCCAGGAGGAGCAGGAAGCCCAGGAACGGGCCCGGGCAGAGCAGGAGGAACAAGAACGGCUGCAGAAACAGAAGGAGGAAGCUGAGGCUCGGGCCCGGGAAGAGGCUGAACGCCAACGAGUGGAACGAGAGAAACAUUUCCAGAAAGAAGAACAGGAACGGCUGGAGAGGAAGAAGCGUCUGGAAGAGAUCAUGAAACGGACGCGAAAAGCAGAGGGAGCUGAUGCAAGGAAGAAAGAGGACAAGAAGAUGGUGAAUGGCAAGGAAGAGAAACAAGAGGGUGGAAUGGGCCCAGAUGGCAAGAAAUACCCUGGGAGUCUACCCAAGGAAGAAGAGCUGCCAGAGAUGCAACCCUCAAGUCCGGCCAGUCGCAAAGGGCUGAGUCCAGAGGGCAUACAGCACAGCUCUCCCAUCAACCCCACCCUGGCCCUGGUGAACGGCCUGCAGUCCAGCAAGCAUGAGAAUGGCUUCCCCUCUCCCCAGGGGCCUGGUGCACGGGAGCACCCUGCAGGGUCCGGGCUAAGCAUGGCCAAUGAGCCCAUCCUGCCUUUUGCCAACAAGGAGCCCUUCCUCAACAACGCAGUGGCCAAGGCGCCCCAGGUCACAGAGGUUCUGUAGAUGGGGACGCCAAAGGACGAGUGCAGCAGUGGGCCAACUCCAGGCUACGUUAGAUGGGAAGACGAUCACCCAGGGCGAAUUCUGCUCCUCCUAUGGACUUGAGGGCAACGCAAGGAGCCAGGCUGGGGUGCCAGCCCUGUGGACUCACCCUUCUUCCUGUCCUCAUUUUAUGACUAGUAUUAUUUUUUUAACAAGCACCUUAUCAGACUGACCCCCAUCUCCAUAGCUCAUCUUCAACACUAUAUAACCACAUAGUUAUUUAACUGGCUUGGUAACAAAGGAUGUGAAUAAUGUAUAUAAACUUCGAUGUUAGCAUGAGGACUAUGCCUCGAUGAUCUGGCUGCCCCUCGGGGGGUAUCUUUAGGUGAGGGCCAGAUCGUGAAAAGGUGGGGGGGAACAGACCCCCCAACUCCUUUUCCGAAGCGAGGGGGUGUCAGUGUUGCAGAUGAGUGUGUGUGUGUGUGUUCCAGCCAAUAGGAAGCAUUUAGACCAUGUGUUUCCUAACCUGGACAACUUGUAACUCUCCAAAUUCCCCAGCCAGCCAUGGUCGCCAACGUUGAGAAACACGGAUCUCGUUUUCUUAUUUAAAA